AUGAUGAAGUUAAUUUGUUUAGUUGUAUGCUUGAUCACAAUCAUCAAUAACUUGAAGACAACAUCAGCACAAGGAAACAAUUUAUAUCUCCCACCAGAAGAAUCCAAACCAGGCUAUGAUUACAAGAAACCAAGUUCAUCGCCACCGAGCAGACCAUCAUCUCCAUCAAAACCACCAUCUAAUGAAGCACAUGAACCAGGAAUGCCGUUCGAUUUCAAUUAUGCUGUCAGCGAUUCUGAAACAGCCAAUAAUCAUAAUCAUAACGCUAACAGCGAUGGAGAUGUAACACAAGGGGAAUAUCGAGUUCAACUUCCUGAUGGACGAACACAGGUCGUUCGAUACACCGCUGAUUGGAAAAAUGGUUACAAUGCUGAAGUCUCAUAUGAAUAAGUCAAAUUCAUUAAAUUUCGUUUUUUUUUCUUAAGGAAUUUCGAUCAAUAUUUUGUAGCUAAGUCAAAAUGGAUAAUAAAGAAAAUGAAAAUUUUGAAAAAGAUCUCAAACAUUUUAAAGUUACUGAAUGAUUUAAUCAUCUAAAUAACUAUUGUAAUAUAUCUAUUUUUGAUAUUUCAAUAUCUUCGUCUACUUAUGUGUCAAGUAGAAUUUUUUAUCAAUGAAAUCAGAAGAAAACUCUUAAUUAAUGCGGUCAUCAUCUGAAGAUGAAAAGUAAGCUUCAUAUGAGACUUUUUUUCGGGAAAAAGAUUUAUGUCGUGCUAUAGCAUUUGCAUGAAUCUCUUGGUUACUUUUCUCAAAGGAUGAAAAUCCAAUACACGAAACUGAAGAUCUCAAUCGUGUUUUAAAAACAUUGACUCCAUUAUUCAACUUCUUCCUUUUGUUUUGAACUUGUGAUUUUUUCUUCGUAUUUUUAGACAUCUUAUGAUCGGGAUCUGAUGAUUCUGUCGAUGAAGUUGAUGUUGAUGAUGAUGAUGAU